CGCAACUUGACUGGUAUCCAUCCAUUCGCCAACCUUUGGCAUCAGUGAGAUUGAGACCCUUCGAGGGCUGCAAUUAUAUCUGCAGGUCCUUCUGAGUGCACAGACAGAAAAAUCUCUGCGCUUCAGAAUGGACAUCCGCGCGUGCCCUUAUGCAGCCACGCUGGCCUUAUCGAUGUCGCGAGGGAUGCUCCCAGCUUAAGCCCAACUAUCCACCGACCAUCUGUUCAAUCCAGCGAUGGGCCGGCAAGGAUUCCCCGUCCAGGUCGCAGGGCAUACGCUCUGGCGCUACGUCUCUGACAGCGAGGGAGAUGAUCAAGAUGACAAGGACCUCGUGCAAGAUCCGCCUGCAGCUGGUCCCUCCCGCCAAAGGCAUCACUCCUUGCAUGCCCCGCCGGACAAGCUCAUCAACCUCUUCCACCCUGGGCAUGUUGGUCGCCUGCUAUUAUAUACCGACAAAGCGUGCAAUGCGCUUGAAACAAGCGUGCACGACAUUCGAAGCACACUGCGCAAGCUACCUGGGGCCAGCAGCGAUGCAAGUCUCUUUUGGCUGUACAAGCGCCCCGCCAGCCGCUUCAUCGUCGUCGGCGAGGUGCUCGCCAUCACACAGGAAAAGACGAUGCGCACAACAUACCUGGUUGACGAUGGAACGGGUACCAUCUUUGUUCAGCACGCGCACCGCAGGGUGAUCAAGAACUCUUGCGCACACAAGGCGCGGAAAGAGCGUGAAAGCAAGUUGACGAAGGCAUGGCCUGGGCGCGCAUCCUUAGAGAGUCUCAAGAAGCCAAGCGCCGCUUUGGGUCAAAGCUCUGCAUCCGUCAAGCGAGUGUCAGAGGUUCACUUGUCGGAAAAGGCCAGGGGAAAACAGCGGGUAAUCGACAACGGCAACACUCAUCAGUUGGCUUCAGCCGAUGCGGCCGUCUACACCCCCGUAUCUUAUACCUAUUCCAUGCUCGACAGCGAGGGAAAAUUGUGCACAGUCGUGCAAGGUGACGGAACAUACGACCUAUUCCAAUCUCCUGGAAAGCGAGUUCCUCCAGACGAUGGGCGCGUGCCAGACGUGUACCGCUGGCCAUCCUUCAACGAUCUUAUGGACCAGUUUCUCAACAAGGGUAAGGAUCGGGGCGCCAAGAGUCUCAGGUUUGCUCCAACCGAGGCAGAUGAGGACGGGAGUGCAAUGGGAAAGAAGGUGAAAGAGUCCCUAGAGGCUCUUGAAUACGAGUACGUCCCCGCUAUCAGCGAGGACGAGGUCCAAGUGGGCGACCUCGUGCGCGUCGAAGGCAGUAUUAGGACGUUUUGGAAAGAGAGGAUCAUCGCUGCAGCAAACGGAGAAGCAGGGAUACGAAUCUUACAAGAUCCGAACGCCCUCACGCGCCAUAUCAAUCGCUGGUACUCAGCCAGUAUGCCGGGCGGCGCCUAUCACCAAGCCAUCAAGCUCAGUGACCUGCCAACUGCAGCACCGAUACCUGAUCCAUCGGCUGCGGGCCGCUGUGAGCCGGGGUUCGCACCUGAUGACAAUGCUCCAUCCGCAGCCAAUCGCACGGUGAAUAUGAUGUUGGCUGGUGAACGCAUGAGGCUGCAAAGAGAGCAGGGUAAAGGGCUUUUCCAGAAGAUGACCGAGGCUUUCAAGGCGCUGGAGCGCGGAGAACCGCUCACAAUUCCAACGGCGACCAAGGCGCGGGAGACCGAGGUACCUGUGGCAGCUCACGUAGCUGUGGGCACAGCGGGUCUUCCUUCCAAGGUGGGGGAUGCACAUUCGGAAGGAAAGGAGAGGCAGAGCCCGGGUGCAGUACGACAGCUAGAGCCCAAGCCAAAAUCCAGCUUUUACAACAGAUUACCCGAGAGUGCUCGUGCUAAGAUGCAGAGCCGGUUGGAGACAUUCAAGCAGCUAGAAGCGAGCUUGAACGCUGGUACGGCCCACUUGCCGACAUUACUUGACUUUGGCGACCGCGAAAAUGGAAAGGACCUGAACGCUACGCCAUUUGCACAUCGUCAUAAUAGUGUGGUCACUAACAAUCCGACCGAAGGAGCAGCAACCAGCGAGCAGGCCUGGUCCUCACACUCCGUCGAUACUCUGCAAUCCUCGCGAAGGCGGUCGCUGAAGAAAAAAGACUCGGAUGAGGAGAAUCGCGCACCUGGCGCAGCACAACAAGCUGGAUCGCAGCAGCCAUCAGCUUCGGAGUCAUCUUCUCCUCAGUUGGUCAGCAUUGCUUGGAAGGGCAACAAAAUGGCAGUCCCCGCUCCUCGUAAACAGCCAAAGCUAGAAGAUCCGGUGAAGCUCUCCCGCAAGCACCUGAAUAGCGACACGGUCGAGCUGUAUACUCAAGAGUGGCUGCGACGGCACUGUGCCCUGCCCUCCUCCCUUCCUCCGAACAUGCCUAGCACUAAAGACCAAGACAUGUGGCAACUACCACCGGCGUUCACUGUGCGCUACCUCCGCCGCGUUCCUCGUCUGCGCACACUCGUUCGACGGUUUGUUAAACAUGAGAUGCAGAAGCGUGCGGCUAAGGUGGACGGUGCAAAGAGCACAAGUAGGGAGAGUGUAGGAACCAAGAUGCGUCGCGUAUUCGAUUGGGUCAUCAGGGUGCUUUGGCAGAAGGGUUUUAUCGUUCUUGCAGGCGAAGCUGACGCUGCACGCAUGACACCCCCUUGGGACGGCCAAAAGGUUGACAGAGGGCAGCAAUGUAGCAGAAGAACAGCGUCUGCUUCACUGUCGCUUUCCAGCUGGGGAGGCACGACGGCUGAGAUGUUUGCGCCCGAGUCUCCGUCAAGCAGGCGAAAGCAUCGAGCAGUCGACCACGGAGACAUCGUUAAGCCGCUCAGCACCGGCGCACCGGCUAGCUCUGCGAGUAUCGGGCUCAUGACAGUGGAUGGGCCAUCCUUACAACGCACGCUCUCUUCCUCUUCGAUCGAUGUCGUUGAGGUUUCCGACGAGUCUUCAUCAAGCGAUGGCGAUGAUGAUGAUGGCGGCAAACAACAGCAGAAGGUAUUCCAGCUUGUCACUCCCGCUCUAAUUUUUCAAAGCAUAGAGCCACUAGCGGCCGCGCGUGGUGCCAGCGACGAGGUGCAGAAUGCACGUAUGCAGAUGACAAUGACAGAUCCUGCAGAGCUUACGUAUCGGCUGCGCAACAGUGACCUUCGGUGGAAGCACGUCAAAGCGGAGAGCGUGUAUAUGGCGCUCGAUAUUUUCAAGCGAUAUUAGCAUAAGAUGGAUGACUGCUUGGAGGAUGCUUAAAGUACAACAUGCUUGUAAUGCAAGAGAUAUUG